CAACAGGGUUGGUUAUCUUCCAACCUUGCAGCCAAGCUUCCACAGAUUGUGAUUGUUGGAAGGAACCAUUGGAUGGCAAGUAAAUAGAUUGACUUGUUUUACUGUUAUUACAUUGCAAAAAGCUUUCCCGCAAGCGUGAUGAUCAGUCAAGCGUUACUUCCUUGACGUACGUCCUCCUGUUUCACCUGUCAACCAAAUCAAUCAAAAGCUUUACCAGGUAUUGAUUUUUGACGUUUUUUUAGCUUUACGGGUGUUAUAAAAAGGGCAAAGUGCAGCAUCUUUCGUGGUCCAGGUGAGCAGUCAUGUCUUGGAACAGGAUGUCAGCGUGCGCCCUGGUGUUGCUGUUGCUCGCCGGUGCAGCUGAAGCUGAGAGCAGAAAAGCGGAGCAGCUUCAAGCCAGGGGGGCGGAGGCAGCGAGAGACUUCGCCGGCAGACAGGAGUCUCCACGCUUGGAGAGAAGGGCGCACCUCACGGAGGACGAACGUGAGAUUAUAACCAAACAAAUCAUGACAGCCAUCUCAGAAAUGGUGAACUCGGACUGCUUGCUGGACCGCGACUAUCGGGGUUGGUUGGAUUUCGGACGCAGAGAUGCAGAAUGAAGCACGACACCGUGGCCGUCGCCGCCUCAAAUGUCGUCCUAUUCUAACUUUAUG